CCUGCCCCUUUAAGGGCGGGGCGUCCUCCCGCCCCAAGCUGAUACUGAGCGUCCUGGGAUCGCCGCCCGGGGCGGGGAAGGAGCGUCCAUCACACUCCCCCUUCCCCCUUCCUUCCCCCGGCCCGGAGCCCCCCGACCCCAGCCAUGCGGAGCAGGGAGCAUGGAAGCGGCGGACUCUGAGGUUCUGUCGGUGCGGGAGCAGCUCUUUCACCAGCGGGUCCGGGAGUGCAUCAUCUCCACACUGCUCUUCGCGGCUCUCUACCUCCUCUGCCACUUCGCCGUGACCCACUUCAAGAAACCGACUGAGUUUGCCACCGUUGAUGAUGAUGCCACUGUCAAUAAGAUUGCCCUUGGACUCUGCACCUUCACCCUGGCCGUGGCCCUGGGCGCUGUGCUGCUCCUGCCCUUCUCCAUCCUCAGCAACGAGAUCCUCCUCUCCCUGCCCCGCAGCUACUAUGUCCAGUGGCUCAACGCCUCACUCAUCCACGGUCUCUGGAACCUCGUCUUCCUCUUCUCCAACCUGUCCCUCAUCUUCCUCAUGCCAUUUGCCUAUUUCUUCACUGAGUCUGAGGGUUUCGCCGGCUCCAGGAAGGGUGUGCUGGGCCGCGUAUACGAAACCGUGGUGAUGCUGGUACUCCUGACGCUACUGCUUCUGGGCAUCGUCUGGGUGGCCUCGGCCAUGGUGGGCGGCACCCCGGCCAGCCGGAAGUCCCUGUAUGACCUGUGGGAGUACUACCUCCCAUACCUGUAUUCCUGCAUCUCCUUCAUGGGGGGCCUGCUGCUCCUUGUGUGCACCCCGCUGGGCCUCGCCCGAAUGUUCUCUGUUACUGGGAAGCUGCUAGUCAAACCCAGGCUGCUGGAAGACCUGGAGGAGCAGCUGUACUGCUCCACCUUUGAGGAGGCGGCCUUGACCCGCCGGAUCCGCAGAGAGGAAUGUCCCAGGCCGCUGGGCCGGGGGGCGCCACCAGGUGCUACCCUCUCCCCUGCAGACCCCACCUUGUGCUGCCCGAUUCCCCGCUGGCUGCCCCUGGGCGUGGAUCUCCUGGCCCUGCAGGCCCAGAAGUUGACCCUGGAGAAACGCCAACAGGCGUCUGCCUGGCAGCGAAACCUGGGCUACCCCGUGGCCAUGCUGCUGCUGCUGCUGCUGACUGGCCUCUCGGUGCUCAUCGUUGCCAUCCACAUCCUGGAGCUGCUGAUUGACGAGGCCGCCAUGCCCAAAGGCAUGCAGGAUGCAUCUCUGGGCCAGGUCUCCUUCUCCAAAUUGGGCUCCUUCGGCGCCGCCAUCCAAGUUAUCCUGAUCUUCUACCUGAUGGUGUCCUCCGUGGUCGGCUUCUACAGCUCCCCACUGUUCCGCCGUCUCCAGCCCCGGCGAAACAAUACAGCCAUGACCCAGAUCAUCGGGAAUUGCGUCUGCCUCCUGGUGCUGAGCUCCGCCCUUCCUGUCUUCUCCCGGACCCUGGGGCUCACCCGCUUUGACCUCUUGGGCGACUUCGGGCGCUUCAACUGGUUGGGCAGCUUCUACAUCGUGUUCCUGUACAACGCGGCCUUCGCCGGUCUCACCACCCUCUGCCUGGUCCGGACGGUCACCUGGGCAGUGCGCGCCGAGCUGAUCCGGGCCCUCGGACUAGACAGGCUGCCCCUGCCCGUCUCCCGUUCCCCGCGGCAGGCCGGCAAGACCCGGCUCCAGUGAUCAGGAUCAAGGAUGAGGCACCCAGGCGAUGGAACCCCAACCCAGAUGGGUUGGGGGCACCAAACUGGAGCAGAAGGCUCCCCCCUCCCCACCAAUGACCUGUCUACACUGUGGCACACUCUGAGCCAGCCCUUCACCCUCAGACCCUUUCCUCCCUUCCAAGCACCCCCUGCCCCGAGUACCAGAGCAGCUGCACCCCCCCGGCCGGGUGGGGGAUGGGCCCGGCCAAUGGCCUUGGGCCCCGGUUUCCGUUUACAUGUCAAUCUGCCUCACUGCAAGCCGGCCCGGCCCCGGCCUUGUUUACAGGAUUCAAUGUGCAA